UGUAUAAGACUGCGACCGAGCUAAUGAGUGCACUUCCCUGAGAAAGCCUGGAAGCAGAGGAGUGGCGGGGUCAGCUGGGCUCUGGAGAAGCAGGGAUGCAGAACAGGGCUAGUCUAAUCCUCUGUGCCCUCUCCCUCCUCGCAGGCUUUCUGAUGAUCUGCUUGGGGGGCUACUUCAUCUCCAACUCCGUGGUCCACUCUCAGAGGAAUCUGGUCAUGGCCUACGUGCUCCUGCCUAUGGGGUUUGUGAUCCUCCUGAGUGGAAUUUUUUGGGCCACUUACCGCCAAGCAAAUGAAAACAAAGAGAUGUUCAGUUAUGUGCUGAGACAGCACCUUGCUUCCCAGGACCCGCCCCUGGCCACAAUCGACAGGCCCGAUUUUUAUCCCCCGACUUAUGAAGAAAGCCUGGAUGCUGAGAAACAGGCCUGCCCUGCAGGCAGAGGCCUCCUGGGAUUUCCUCCUCCUCUGUAUUCAGCAACAAACCUGGAUCUUGAAGAUGAAGAUGACCCGCGACCUGAGGCCCCACCACCCUACCAGGAGAGCAUGGCAGAUGCAGUAGUGCCAGCAAAGACACAGGAUGCCGAGGGACCAAGAACAGUGCCAAGGGCAGGGCAUGCUCUCCAGCCCUCAGAACUCACCAGCUGCUGAGGGGACAGGCUGGCCAGGGACUGGGAAGCAGCUCUGCCAGUCUGCAUUAGAGCAAGGCCACCAUGGGUUCAAGGGACUCACAUUCAGCCUUGCCAGGGCAGCGUGGGGUUCUUGAAGGACACAGCCACCAGCAGGAAGUUGGUGUAGAGAAUUCCCACUAAGCCCAACCCGGGUGAACCUUAGCCUGAAGAGAAGGCAGAAUGCCAGGCUCCCUUCUAACCCCGUGAUCUCAACUCAAGCCUGGAGGGGCCCUUGGGUGGGGCUGCAACAGCCUGUCAUGUACUGUGUCAAAAGAGUCUCAAAGGGAAGAUGCCUGGGAGGCUGCGUUGGAGUCACCCACUGACUGUGCUACCUGAGGGACACCAUAGCUCUCACAUAUCAUGGGAGGGGCCCUAGGAACCGAGGAACGUCAUUUUGUAUAGUUUUAUUUUAAUUAUCUAUGUUUUCUUUCUGUGUGAAAGGGAAGAGACUACAAUAUUUGCUUUCAAAUGGUUCAAACACAAAGUGUGGAGUUAUCUCUUAAAGAGGUUCUCAUAUAGGCACAUAGGGGUUCUUACAGAUUCAAGCUGACUAGAUAGAAUACGAAUUCAUCAUCCAGGGAGUCAAGGACGACUGAUGCUAAUACACAACUUAUCACAAAGCUCGAGAAGUUUAAAAAAUGUUUAUAGGCAGUUUUCCAAGAUGCCCCCCCUUUCAAAUUCAGAAUGUCAGAGAUUAAAAACUGUAAGGCCAUGUUUCCAUUACCAAGGAUGCUUUCUGUGUCUCCAGAUAGAGAACUAGACUUCUAGACUUAAAAAAUCCAAUGGUCCCUCCUUGACUUUAAUUUCCAUGGGGGAGUUUUUAAAAUCAGAGAACAGGCUGGGUGGGGGGUGGAAAAUGACAGGACACACAGGCUGGGGCUUUUACACGUGAAUGAGGAUAUCCAUCUCCCGGCCUCAUGUUUUUUCUCUACCGAGUAAGGCAUCUGGGUCCAGGCUGAUAUCUAACAGUUAUAACACGCCUUCCAAGAGGUGAGUAGACUAGCCUUUCCAUGCAUGUUAUUAGCCCCCACCCCAUCUUUAAGAGGUGGAUGCUACAACCAUCCCCGUUUUAGGGAUGUGUCAACCGAGGCUCUGAGCAUUCAGGAAAUGGUCUCAAGUGGCCUCAAGAAAGGUGAAUAGCCUAAGGUACAUGAGAGGUGUUAUUACCUCAGAAUUUUGAGCAGGUGGGCUAUUUUUUUUCUCUGUCCAGGACACAGCUUAGAUUUCUUGCUCCAUGUCAAAAGUGAGCCCUAAGAGAAAGCAGUGUUCCAGGUCACUGCUGUACUAUCCACCCUUGAAGAAGCAGCUGAGGUAGCUUUAGGAUUAUUUGACUUCUUGGUUAAAAUAUGCCGAACUGUUUCCGCCUGUGAAAUGGGCCCUCCGAGCGCAGUUUUCCUGAAACCUCCAGAGGACAGCCACCAUGAUGGGCCCAGGAGAAGAGCCUUUGGAAACUCACAGGGAACGAUGACAUCUUUCAAGAAGAGUGUCAUCAAGGUGGGACUGGGUGUCCAUGGUUUCCACUCCUCCACUGAUGCAGAGAUGACACAUAAGAAGCCAAAAGAGCAAAGCCCUAGUCCACGAAGCACACCUUUGUGAGUCUCCACGUUGAGUUCUUGACAAUGAGGGAACCACUAGCUAGGGAGGCCAUGGAUGACUGCUGAGCAGGAAGGUGACCAUUUAUUAACAACACAAUUUGUCAUCCUCUUCUUGUCAUCUCUUUCCAUCCCCCUACCAAGCAGUUUUCCCUACUGGCCGGAAUGACAAACAUUAUUGGACUUCUACCCAGAUUUGCACACAGAAUAGAUAGUUUUUCUACCACCAGGGGUCAGAGGAAUCCAGUCUUCAAUCUGGUUUGCAAACACUGUUAGUCUCCGUAAGGCAAUAAAUUUUGUAUUCAAAGUC